AAUGUGGCACAAGACGGAACUUCCUCUCUGUUAGGUACGCUGCUUGUACUGGGUGUAAGAUCUUUACAACACAGAGCGCUAGUUUCGAAUCGAUAUCACAUUAGGGACGGAGGCUUUUAACGAUGUACAGACCGAAUUUUCGCUCCCCCAACCCUUGUGGAAGCGGUGGUGGUGAAGGAAGCCCGGGUUCGUUCCGCAGCCCAGGGCCGUUAGGCUCCGGGAGCCCCAUGCUUCCUCCGCCACUGCCACCCUGGGGCUACGGGAGCCCGCACACGCCAAAUUACGGCCAGCGGCCUCCCAGGCCGUACGGGAGCGGGGGAGGACAAUCUCCGCGCUCUUCGCCUUCUCAGAACCCGUACGGGGGCUGGUACGGCGGUCAGUCUCCAGGUAAUACCCCACCCCGAAGAGCCAGUCCUCGCUAUAACCUGUCACCGUACAGCAAGUCUCCAGGAGGAGGAAACCAUUACCAGCAGCACAACGCCCGAGGAUACUCUCCCAGGCCCGCCGCCAACUACCAGGGUUCUCCCAGGACAUCUACACCAUACGGUACAGCGCAUGGCAGAGAGAAAAGAGUGUCUAAUGAUGUGGAAAACUAUUACAGACCAUCCAUGCUUGAGGACCCUUGGGCUAACCUAAAGCCAUUAUCCUUAUCAGACUUAGACCAACAGAACAGCAGUGAGCAGACAACAAAUACUGGCAGAAGAGGGAGGUAUUUUAGCUAACCCCUAAAAUACCUAACUCUGAGUAGACUAAAAACAAGGGAUGGUAAAGGACACAAGUCAACACCUUUUUUAAUUUUGAGAGAAAUUCUUUUAUCAGAUUUAUUUUUUUAUUGCAUCAGAUAUUACCAUCAUUGUUUUGGAAGUCUAGAGCUGUAGUUGGAAAAAGUCAGGAAGUCCACCAGCAAUGAAGAACAAGUUGUUCUAUUAUCACCAGCGUUCCGUGACUGUCUUACACGGGUUCCAGUUUCCAAGACUUCUUACUGAUCUGCAUCCCUUAGGCUUAUCCUAAAGUCUAAUUUUUACUAUUCCACUAAAUUGGAUUUAUUUUUAGGAAAUACAAUAAGUUUGUAAUCUGUUUAUGCUAAAAGUAUAUUAUUUGUAUGUAAUUUUCGGAGGAGCUGUUAGUUUUAUAUUUAAAAAAUGUUGCUGUUGUAGCAUUGCACCUUUUG